AGAUAGGACCGCGGCCCAGACGGGUACCUAGAUAUGCACAGGUGUCGCUCCUACCUCUGUCAGAUUGCGACGAAGUGCCGUACUACCUAAUGUACAGCGGACAAGUUAAAACCUGUCAAGUGCAAAGCUGUUAAGCCUUAUUAAAGUACCUCUUAAGUUCAAGCUUACCUAGGUCCAGUACUUAUAAAAUCAAGCCACAUCCACUGGACCAUUGAACGGAGAGAACGGGCAAAUUAAACAAAAUUAACACAAACUCAUGUCUGGUUGUUCCCCAAGCGGUUCCCAGAGUGUUCCCCCAAGGAAACUAUCAAAUACCUAGAUGAAAGGAAUCGCCAUAGCAGCGGAUGACUUAUUCCCGCUCUUGGUACGAUCUUAACCUUAGACAGCAUUCAAGCGAUCUUCCUUCGAAAAUAGCCAGGAGCAACUAACACAGUGCCGCAUCUCGUAGGAGCAAAUCUCGAGAUAUUUAACUAUCAUCCCAUCCCAUCCUAUCUCUUCCCUCCCGUAUCCUCUACCUCGAUGACGAGCCGCUCGACACCUCGGAGACGCCAGACCUUGCGAGAUUCGCAUGCUGCUUCGCGAAAUGGCGCCACUAUGACUCCUAAGGUCAUCAAUGCGGGACCUUCCCUCGAGAAAGCCGAGCUAUACGGAAUAGAUGAUCAACGCCCGACCUUCUCCAAGCUUAUGGGUCUCGCUGGCCGCAUCUUCAUCGAAACUAUACCUCAAUGGCUGGCCGUCGGGGCUAUGCUCAGCCUGAUCUUUGGCGGCUGUUGUUCAAAUGUCUUUGCUCUCGAGGCCAUUAUUAAUGUUGAACCGGCGAGUGGAACUCUUUUGACUUUCGUGCAGUUCCUCUUCGUUGCCGUCACAGGAUACAUUUCGCAGUUCGAUAUUACGCGCCCGCCCUUCUUCGUGAAGCCGAAUCGAGUCCCAAUCCGUCGCUGGCUGAUCAACAUAGUUCUUUUUUUCAGCAUUAAUGUGUUAAAUAACCACGCCUUCAGCUACGAUAUUUCCGUACCGGUUCACAUUAUUCUAAGAUCCGGAGGCAGCAUUACAACAAUGAUUGCGGGUGGUUUGUAUGGAAAGAGAUACUCUCGCAUCCAAGUUGUGGCUGUUCUCUUGCUUACGGUUGGUGUCGUGACGGCCGCGUGGUCGGAUGCUCAGUCUAAGGAAACAUCUACUUCAAGCUCCCAAGAAAAAGUCCCCAAGUUUAGCACAGGCCUGGCAGUCCUCCUCAUCGCACAAAUCCUGUCGGCUAUCAUGGGACUAUACACGGAAGAAACGUACAGGGUCUAUGGAGCGCAUUGGAAGGAGAAUCUGUUCUAUUCGCAUGUGCUCUCAUUGCCGCUUUUCUUACCAUUUUCCCGGUCUCUAAUUAAUCAGUUUAUGCGCUUGGCCGAUAGCAAGCCACUACCACUCCCGUUGCUAGCAGAGCACGUCAAUCUGCCGAAUGUCUCGGCCAGCGUGCGACAACGCAUCGAGGGAAUUUACAUUCCCAGUCAGGUAGCCUACCUUGCUCUCAAUGUUUUGACACAGUACGCCUGUAUCCGAGGGGUCAACCUACUAGCUGCUGCAUCAUCCGCGUUAACAGUUACAAUCGUGCUCAAUAUACGCAAGCUGGUUAGCUUGCUGCUUAGCAUAUGGCUUUUUGGGAAUCGGUUGGCGCCGGGGACUCUGAUAGGUGCCGUCGUAGUGUUUUCCGCGGGUGGCUUAUACUCGUUAGAUUCCAAGAAACCAGCUAUGAAACCGAAGACGAGCAGUGGGAAAGCGGGAUAGUCAACUAGGAUAUAUUGGGAGUCUAUACAUUCUGCCCGACUUCGCUCUCAGACCUGUUAAUGCAAUGUCGUUAGGCGACUUGUUCUUAUGGUAAUCAAUAACUAGGAAGUGCAUUUUAUUUUACGAGUGUAUAGUAAAACCAAAAGCCCAGUCGCCAGGCAAUAUGAAUUAGUCUUGCGAAUUGCAGUUCGUUUGCCGUUACUAUGUAAGCUAGUUAGUUGAAGUUGAUGAUGUUUGCAGAUCGUGACCGAGGUCUCCAUAUUGAAGGCAAG